AUGGAAAAUCUCCCCUGCGAUCUUCUCACCGAGAUAUUUGUUCGGUUACGGGCGAAACAAGUUGGUAGAAUGAGAUGUGUUUCUAAGCCGUUGUAUGCUCUUUUAUCGCAACCCGACUUCAUUAAAACCCAUCUUAAUCAUUCGACCCGCCACAACCACUUUAAUGAAAUUGUGUUGGUCUUCGAUCGUCGUUACACAGAUAGACCAUUCACUACACACCCCUUGAAAUCACCCAACAUCCAAGUCAAUGAUUUUAUUAAGUUACCUGCUAAUUUCCCAUUUCCAGCUGAUCCAUAUACUCUUCAUCGUAGCUGUGUUUUAGGUGCGGUUAAUGGUCUAAUAUGUAUUUAUACUGCCGUACAUGGUGAUGGCGUUAUUCAUGUUUGGAACCCUUCUUUAUCGGCUAUAAUGAUGAGCACGCCACUUAAGCCUCCUAUGGAAUGUCCUAAACUUUGUCGUUUCGGAUAUGAUCCCAAAACUGAUGAUUACAAAGUGGUCGGGCUUUCCUAUCAUGGUUGGCUGAUGCAUAUAGUUUGGGUGUACAGUUUGAGAAAAAACUCGUGGAAAUCAUUCUAUGAAAAGCUUCCGGUCAAUCAAAUUGAUUUUGAUAUAUCUACUCUAAACGAAGUCUGCGUAAAUGAUCAUGAUGGUCAUGUUCAUUGGCUUUAUAGCUACGUCGGUGAUCAGCGAUAUCGAUUCUUGGGGAUAAUGGCAUUUGACUUGGGUGCGGAAACGUUCAGCCAAAUAUCUCUUCCAGAUUCUGUCUCAAAAUUAGGCGAUGAGCCCCGUAGUCUGUAUAAUGAAAGGUUUGAUAUAGCUUUGGGCUCUUGGGCUGGAAAGCUAUGUGUGACGUCACGCACCAGACAUGGUGAAUUUGAGAUGUGGGUGAUGAAUGAGUAUGGAGUAGCCGAAUCUUGGGUUAAACAUCAUAAUCUGUCUUCACAAUUGAGUGGUAUUAAUAUUAACCCAAUUGGAUUCACAUUAAAUAAAAAGUUCCUUUAUGGAGUUGAAAGUCAUCUUCCUGCGGUAAGUUCAGAAAUAUGUGAUCAAACUAUGGAUGUGGCCUUGUACGACCCGGAUACAACCAAGGUUGCACACUUUAGUAUUCAUCUUCAGGGAAAUGCAUUUACCAAAGUUGUUCCCUAUAUCGACUCUCUUGUUUGGAUUGCCCCGCCAAGAAAGUACGGUAGUAUGGGUUGCAGAAAGGACGUGAAACUUCUUAAAGGAUCCAUAUUAGUUAGCAAUUAG